AUUAACUUCAUGCUCAAUUCCAUAAUUCUUCUAUCAAUUGUUAUCCUAACACUCCCUUUAAUAAUCAAUCUCGCUUUCCCCCAUAAAACUAACCAUUUCCCAGCUUACUGCAAAAACGCCGUUAAACUCGCCUUUCUAACCAGCCUCCCCCCACUAAUCCUAUUCGUAUACGCUGACACAUCACAUCACACGACAUGAUCUCAUCACACCUCAAUCAACACCCUCAACCUUUCUAUAAGCUUUAAACUAGACCAUUUUUCCAUCAUCUUUAUCCCCAUCGCAUUCUACGUAACCUGAUCCAUCCUAGAAUUCUCACUAUGAUACAUACACACAGACCCAAAAAUCCACCAAUUCUUCAAAUACUUAAUUACAUUUCUCCUGACUAUAAUCAUCCUAGUCUCUGCCAACAACUUAUUUCAACUGUUUAUCGGAUGAGAAGGGGUAGGUAUUAUAUCGUUUAUGCUCAUCGGUUGAUGGUACGGACGAUCUGACGCUAACACAGCAGCUCUCCAAGCUGUCCUAUACAACCGCAUCGGCGAUAUUGGCUUCAUACUGACCAUAGCAUGAUUAAUAAUCAAUAACAACUCAUGAGACCUUCAACACAUCUUCAUAACUAAUAUAAAUACCCUAGCCCUCCUAGGCCUAAUCAUUGCCGCAACAGGCAAAUCAGCCCAAUUUGGCCUCCAUCCAUGACUCCCCUCCGCCAUAGAAGGGCCAACACCAGUCUCAGCCCUUCUUCACUCAAGCACCAUAGUCGUAGCAGGAAUCUUCCUACUGAUCCGCUUCCACCCUAUAAUAGAAAACAACAACACAGCUCUUACUACUGCCCUAUGUCUCGGCGCUACAACAACCCUAUUCACCGCAAUAUGUGCUAUCACACAAAAUGACAUCAAAAAAAUUGUAGCAUUCUCCACAUCAAGCCAACUCGGACUUAUGAUAGUAACCAUCGGCCUCAACCAACCACACCUGGCAUUCCUACAUAUCUGCACCCACGCCUUCUUCAAAGCAAUACUAUUUCUAUGCUCAGGCUCUAUCAUCCACAGCCUAAACAAUGAACAAGACAUCCGAAAAAUGGGAGGACUCCUACACAUUCUCCCCAUUACCUCAUCAGCCUUAAUAACAGGUAGCCUGGCACUCAUAGGAACCCCCUUCCUAGCCGGCUUUUACUCUAAAGAUUCCAUUAUUGAAGCUAUAAACACAUCCUACAUCAACUCAUGAGCCAUGGUCAUAACCUUAAUCGCCACCAGCCUAACAGCCAUUUACAGCCUACGAAUUAUCUACUUCGCCUUACUUAACCAACCACGCUUCCCCCCAAUAUCGCCAAUCAACGAAAAUAACCCAAACCUAACAAACCCCAUUACACGCCUAGCCCUAGGCAGCAUCUUCGCAGCAUUUAUUCUAACAAUAAAUAUCCCACCAACUUCCAUAGUCCCAAUAACAAUACCACCAGCCCUAAAACUAACAGCCCUAAUCGUCACUAUCAUCGGCCUAAUCAUCCCCAUAGAACUUAACUUGUUAAUUAACAAACUUCCAACAACCCCUAUAAUUCAUACAGAUAACUUCUCCAACAUGCUAGGCUACUUUACACACCUCUUUCACCGUAUAUACCCCCUAGCAAACUUACAAAUAGGUCAACACAUUGCUACCAUACUAAUCGACUUAAACUGAUACGAAAAAACAGGACCUAAAGGCCAAGCAAACCUUCACAACACAACAUCAUCAUACAUCACAUCUACCCAAAAAGGCUUAAUUAAAACAUACUUCCUAUCAUUUAUCAUUACUAUCCCCGCAAUUUUCGCAAUAAUCACCUAA